UAGUGAAUAAAACUUUAGUAUUAUUCGAAGAAAAAGAAUCUGAACAUAAUUGGGAAAAAUUUGAUAAUGCGUUAAGCCAAUUAAUUGAAAUCACUAGCAAAGGUGUUUCUCAUUAUGAAAGAAGUUAUAUUGCUGGAAUAAAAUCUUUAAGAUACCCAAUUCAAAAUUCUGUACUUACGACAAGAUCGAAAUUAUCAAGCACGGCAAUUGAACUGGUCGAAGAAAUAGCCAAAGCACUCGGUCCAAGAUUUAUAUCAAUAUCUGAAAUAUUUGUACCCAGCAUCCUAAAACUUUUCAAUCGUACAAAUAAAGUGUUCAUCAAAAGAGCAAAUAAAUGUUUAGGGACAAUAAUUCGUGAAACAAAAUCAUCAAACCUCAUGCCAACAUUUAAAGAAGCAAUGCGGAGUCAAAACAAACAAAUGAGGGCUUGUGUAUCGGGGAUGGUUUUAACAAUGUUGGAAGAUAAUGUUAAUGGAUUGAACAUUUAUAUUGACGCCUUGGAAUUAAUAAUACGUGAAGCUAGUUUAUCUGUAAACGCCAAAAAAACUCUUGCUAUUAAAGAUAAACAACAAACUUCACGUCAACCUGUUCUUUUCACAUCCACCAAAAAUAAUAGAAACCAACAUAUUAGAUUCACUAAAGAAAACAACAAAUCAUUAUUACUAAAUAAUAAUAAAAACCAAUCAAAACCAACAUCAAAACCUACAAGGUCAACAACCCAUGAAAAUAUUAAACUUUCAAUAGCAGUCACUGCUACAGAUGAAUAUAUAGGCCAUUCAUUGGCAUACUACCUGCUCUACUAUCAUAGUCAUGAUAUUUCAGUAUUUCGUGCCAUAGCCAAGCAACAAAAUGAAAAGCAUGUGCAAGAUUUAAAAGAAUUAGGGGCAGAGAUUCAUUUGAUUGAUUAUGAUAAAGUGGAGACUUUAGAGAAUGCCUUUUCAGGAAGUUUGGAUGUUGUGAUUUUUGUUACAGAAUCUGACGAGAAAAAAGUUCAAUUUGCUGAAAUAACAAUUCAAACAUUUAAAAAAGUCAAAAUAAAUCAUGUCGGAAUGAUUUCCAGUAUUGGCGCUGAUUCGCAUUUUGAAUUUUUGAAGGUUUAUAAGGAGAUUGAAGAUAUGCUGAAACAAAACAUUAAAAAAUUUUGCGUUAUAAGAUUGGGAUUAUUUUAUGAAAAUUUGUUAUUUUAUAAACCAAUGAUUGAUGAAGAUGGCAAAAUUAAAUUAACAUUAAAUCCAAUACAACACAAAUUUGCACCGAUCGAUUUAAAUUACAUUGGGAAGGCCAUGUUGAUACUCAUCAUGGCACUAUCUCAUAUGGAUCAGCAGCAAUUGGUAUUGUCAGCAUCGUCAAAUGAUAAUGUAACAAAAAAUACAGAGGAGCAAAAAUCAUUUAUUUUAACAUUUACAGGUCAUGAAAAUUUAUCUUGCGAGCAAGUUGUUAAAAAAUUUAAUGAAUUGAUUGGAAAGAAUAUAACUUAUGAAGAAACUUCUCGUGAUGGCUUAAAGAAAUAUUUAUAUUCUUUGAUUGAAAGAAAUGGAGAUGGCGGUGGUGAACAAUUAUUAAUUAAUAAGAUUUACAUUGAUACAUUUUUGGAUUUGUUGGAUUGGAUCAAACAAGGAGAUGCGGUGAUUUCUGAUGAUUUGCAAAGAAUUAUUGGUCAUCCUGGUGAAAGUAUUGAUAAAUUUUUAAAGAGAAAUUCUAAAUAUUUUAAACAAUGA